UGACAUACAGACCAUCGGAGGAUGGCAAGGGGAAGGAAAUUCGCUAUCCCUGGUUUGCUCAUCUCGAGAGGCAAGAAACUUUUCCGGACCUCGACAAGCAUGGCGAAAAGAAACCCGGACAUCAAGCAGACAAGCCGCAGCCAUUACCUUGGGAAUACGUGCAGCAAGAACACGAAGAUCCUGACGAGCCUUCAGCACGACCUAGUACCCAGGGAAAAGCAGUGGCAGAACGCAUCAUAAUAGACGGAGACGGCAAUCGUCGACGUGUUCUAGUGGACAAAGAUGGCCGCCAUCCUAGUCCCGGGGACUGGGAUGGGACAGAAGACGUGUUCCCAUGGCAGCACCAUCCGAUUGACCCAGGAUACGAAGAGAUGGACCUCCUGAAUGUGGAGGAAGCCGAACACCAUAUGUUAAGGCUGGUUUCUUUGGUACUCGUACUGGCUUGCGUAAGCGUACUAUGGUGAAAAAAAAUAGUACGUAUUUAGAGCAGACCAGUUUUUUUAGAGGUACUGUCCAAUAAACUUAACUUGUUUUCAUCAAUGUGCCUCCUACUCCUUGUAUUAAAUUUUGACACUUAUCAUGCUCAGACUGUAUCUUCUUCCUCUAAAAAUUGCAUAUCCCUGGAACGUCCACGAUCUACCGUUUCAUCCUGACGAAGCAAAAACCCUGUAUCCCUGGGACUAUGCCUUACCAUACGAACGGAUAUAUGAGGCCUCACAGAAGGAGCUUGCCAUGUUAGCGGCCGCUGAGUUAGAAGUAGGAGGUCGUGAUCAUGUUACGACUUACUACCGUACUAGUUGUAAAAAGAACCCAUCUUCCAUUGGAAAAAAUGCAUCGUGGAGCUGUCCCAAAGGAAAACAGCUCCACGAUGAAUCCAAGUCAUCGCACUUAGCUGAGGCCGCUCCUUCAGUAGCCCCGGGAUCCAAAAAAAAGUUCUAGCUGGAGUGGAACCCCCUGAAACUUGAAACUUGGGCCAUCGCUAAUGAUGAGGAGCAAGGUGGAGUACCACAUGAACGAGAGGCGAAGAAGCUACCUCCCCGAUGGAAACCUGAGAGUGAGCAACUCCAUGUUCCGGGAGAGACAGAGGACACUGUAUUGGAAUUCGGUUCGGAUGAAGAGAAGGGGCAUCUACCUGCCACGAAAGGACUCGUUACACGUACACACAAAGAACGAACACGAGAUGUUUUUAAGGCUCAAUAUUUAUAAAUAUUUCAUUUCUACCAGUCAUAGUCAUUUCUCCCUGGAAAUUUCCUUCUUAGGAUUGGGAGAAAUGUAGGCAAGAAAUGAUAAGCUCUAAAGAUGAUACUUUUACUUUCACAGAGUGAAGCUCUAACGAUCAUACGCUCACAGAUGACCACCUACGCAACGCUGUCUGCGAAAAAACAGCUCUACAAUACCACUGCGAGAAGGUGAAUGAAUUAUGCUUCAAGAUAAUGUACGACGUGGAGUGGGACGCGUAUGAGGCACUCUAUCUGCAGGAUGGACACUUGAAGUUGACCCCUUCAUCUUUUGUGAGGGAGUUGCACAGGUGGACUUCAGGCAAAGGUAGGUGUGAUCUUGGUCCUUCUGGUGAAGAAGAAAAGCCUUUGUCUUUCGAGGAAGAAUAUGAAGCAGCGUCAGUAGGGCGGUCGAGACUAGCGAGGCAUAGGGCUUUUAGAGCAGCAGCCAGAGAAGGGGAAGAUGAUGAAUCAGAGGACAACGAGGAGGUCGAGAGGCAGACGGAGGAAGGCCACGAGCAGGAAGACGAUAGCAAAUUAAGGCUCAAUAUAUUUCUAUUUCUCAUUUCCAAGGGUUAAGAACUUUCUCUGUUUUCUUCUUGGAAUACUGAAGAGAUGAAGAUCAACCUGGGAUCAAGUGAAUUGUUUUGAGCUCUAAGCAGACAUCGCCUGGACGCAGACUUAGGGCCUAUAGGCGAAUUCUUCGCGCAGCAUGAUAUCCUCAGGACGAAGGAAAUUUCCUUCACUCUUCGUGUAUGCGAGCGCCUCUUGCUUCGUCAAGCACUUCAUGCUCAUGGAUUGUUACAACGUCAUGGAAAAUGUGAGGAUGAAGAGCAGGAUGAACAUGGACAAGACCAAGCUUUUCUAGAUGUACUAGAAGACGAAAAAAGUACCUCCAACAUCAUGAAAAAAUCCAAGAAAAAUCAAGAUCAAGGUGAAGAUGAUUUUGAACUAGUGCUAGAGCCUUUGUUUGGACCUGGGAGUCUGGCUUCUCUUGGUCUCCCUGGAGCCGAUUUUCAACCUGGAUAUUGGUAUAGACGAAGGAAGCGAAAUAGAGAUGUUUUUUUAGGCUGUGAAGAUGGAGAUGAUCAUGCUGUAGACCACCUUGACGGACACGGAGACGCAGUAUCAAAAAGUAAAACAAGGGACGAAGACCAGUCUGCAUGUUUGUUUGUCGAGGUGGAUCUGGACAAAGAGCAGGUGCGAUUGCUGUCUUCGCCGGCGCCCGAUGGAACAAGAACUGGAAGCGCGGAAGUAGAUGAGUACAGUAUGCACAUGCACGACCCAAAGAACUCUGACAAGAUCACUUCCUCUUCCUCGAUCCCCAAGAAUAUGAAGAAGUUCCUCUUCCGUUUCGACCUUGGCAUCUUCAUGACCGGCAUAGAAGAGUCAAGUACAAGUGAGGAGUCUGAACGCCUAAUUGCUAGAGCAGCUGCUUCGUCAAGGAACAUCAGAAUCACUAGUAAUAGUAGCGAUAGCUGCGUCACUCGAGAAUUAAUCGACCUUCUUCGGCUGUCGCGCAGCCUUCCUGAAGUCGAUUUUCCCGAGAUGAACACCAGUGCUAUGGCACAUGCUGAGCGUUCCAUAGCCAGAAUCCGAGAAGGAAACGUGGAGCGCUUGGCAAAACUCGAGGGAAGUGCUAGAACACAGCAGAAAAUCGCGGAGGAACUAGAGGAGACAAAAAGGGCUUUGGAAAGGACGAGGGAGGAUCUGAGAACAACAAAGUCAAAGAGUGCCUCUAGGUCUACUAGUACUUCUAGUCGUUGCAGUCCCGUCCAACAGAACAUGAAGCAGAAAGAGCUCCCGGUUGAUAAUAUUGAAGCCAGCAAAAUCGAAGAUACUGCGAAGACAGAAGUUCCUCCUGCUCUCCCUCUUUCUAAAGAAGCGACGCCUACUAGUAAAACCAUCCACGGCACUUCUAGUAUACCAGGUUUUUCACCAUCCACGGCACUUCUGGUCGAAGAUGGAGGCUGCGGGAUGCGCAUCUUUAUAACUCCACCGCCUGAUGCUGGUGAUGCUCUUUUAAGGGUAGGUUAAAGGUGCUUUUGUUACUGCUUUUUAUGCCUCUCCUAAGGGAGAAAGGGAUAAAAAGCGGGGUAAGCAAGCACCAAAAACCUACCUCUAACUCUUCCUUUGUUGUUUUAUCCGAGUUCUAAUGCGGAAAGAGAAAUGAAGCUAGAGACCAAUGAAGAAGAAGAGAGAACUGCAACUGGUGAAGACAGGAGCUCCAAAGCUGAAGGUGCCGAACAAGCUGACAUCAAUUAUAACAAGGAAACUGAAGUUCUUGCAGAAGAUGGAAACAACAACAAAAGUAGUAGUACGACUACAACUGAAGUUCUUGAUGAAGAUGGAAAACCAAAAACAACAGGAAGUAGUACGACUACAAGCGAACAAGUUGAGGAAGAUGAAGGUGGAAAAAGAACAGGAAGAACUAGUGCGAUGAAGAAUGAGGACAUUGACAUGCCUGGCCUGGUUCUCGUUCCUGCAUAUAUCGACCAAGCUGAGCCAAAAAGCGCUGAGACCAACACGUUAUGGCUACAAAGUAAUAUCAUAGGUUCUGCCGAUUCUUGCUAGUUAGUUCUUGCACACCUUGCUUAUUAUCAUUUUUUCUUGGAGUGACAAUGUCAACGAACAACAAGAUUAUACAGUAAUGAAAACAUGCAAGUAAGGGUGGAAGUGUAUGCUGGAUUUGUUCUAAGCAGUUCCCGGCAAAUUUUCGAGAUGUUCCGUUGCCACGACUUGCUUCUUUUACAGCAGAGUGUGGAAGGUUUUUUGAUGGAGGCUAGAGAAUACCGAAAAAGAUACCAGCAGAAACUUUUCGCGAUAUUAGAGACUGAAGACAAAGCGGCUUUUACAAUGCUUUCAACGGCGAACUCGAGCUAUGCGAAGAAGACACAGCAAACUAGUAGUACACAUCAAGAAAUAAUUGGGAAGACAUCAAUUGAGCAAGAUGUACAACAGGAGCAGGAGAUGACUACACAGCAAAACAUCAAUCGAGGAGAACGGCCACAGGAAAAGCAAGCUUCUGCUCCUAAGAGUCCUGCAUCUGAGACAUCGAUUUGGCUCGAUCGCGCGCGAGAGCGUUUUCCUCUGAUGCUUUAUCGUAAAAAUGGUCAUGUGGAGCAGGAGUCGCAAUUUCUGUUACGACCUUCGACCAGGAUGCGUGCGGAGUCUGUACUAGCAUUCAAAGACUCUCCGCGUCUGUUGCGAGGCUCCACCAUGCCUUGGGAAAAAUAGAGGGAAGAUGAAUGGACGCAGUAGAACUAGGAGUUGGAACUAAAAGCUGUACUCGUUCAUCUUGUUCUGCAGUUUUGAUAAGCUCUAUGGUUGUGAAUGUGAUAUUGAAUUCGUUGGUUGUUGUUGGUGGGAUCCUGUUCUAACAUGAAAUGUUAAUGUGUUCUUGUAUGUGUCUUGUCAAUGAACAUAUCAAGGGCACGCAAAUGAAGCUAUGUUCUUCUUCUUCUUCUUCUUCUUCUUCUUCUUCUUCUUCUUCUUCUUCUUCUUCUUCUUCUUCUUCUUCUUCUUCUAGGUAUGUUCUUUCAUCUUCUUCUUGUUCUUGUUCAGUAAACGUAAAAAAGCCAACAUGAGUCUCGAUUAAGUUUUGCUCUCCUCUUCGCUGAAUAGCAGAAGUUCAGGCUCUCCAGCGCCGCAAUGAAUAGCUGAAGAUAAAAAAGCAUCUGCGUUCAUCAGAGAUGGUCUUCUUCUUCUCCCCUACCAAUGCCACAUACGGAGACCACCCAAUCGGAACGAUUUGGCAGAACCUACUUUCGGAACAGCCUACCCCCGCGUUUCUAGUGCUCAUUUUUAAGAAACCAAACAAAAGCAUCAUUGGUUGUCAGUCGAUUACGUGGAGGGGAUCCGGGAAGAGCGGACACUGGCCCGACUCGGGAAUAGCGGACACUGGCCCGACUCGCGGUGUUUAAAGAGGUACAACUCACUCACCAUUCGCAGAAUUACGGCGAAUAUGAAUAUGGACAUAAUCAGUGGGACGAAGUUUUAUUUUUAGUAUCGAGCAGCAAAAAGAAGUGGCUCCGUACCUCUUCUUUUUGGCCUUCGUUCAUCCUAAUUACUUCAAUUGAAUACGUAGUGCUGUCUAAUAUAAUAGCGCUGAGCAGGACAGCGAGGACGAAGAUGACGCACCACUGCGACUGCUGACCCGCUCAGAGAGCUCCGGUUGAUGGUGCAUCUUUUUGGAAGCAUCGCCAUUAGAUUAAAUAAGAAGUCUUGAGUGAUAAGUUUGAGUUUCCACGAAACAAUUGAUACUGACUCCUCCUUGAUUGGAUGAACUGCAACUUCUUGCAGGAAAGCAGGACAACACAUAAUGACGAAGUGUUACGCUAAUUUGUUACAAGAAAAAUGAGGAAUGUGAAUUGACAAAUGUGAUCUUCCUAGUGUGGGACGGAUACGAGGUGUAUGUAGAAUGCGCGCAGGGUAUCCUCGUACACAUUGGCCGUCUUCUUAAAGGAACAAAU